AUACAUCAGGAAAUGUGUUCUGGCAUGUAUCUAGAAGGGUGAAAGUCUGAAAGAUGGCAUUUCAUUCGGAGGAGGAACAAAUUGAGGAUUACCUUUUCAAGAUUGUUUUGAUUGGUGAUUCAGCUGUUGGUAAAUCGAACUUACUUGCCAGAUUUGCCAGAGAUGAGUUUUACCCCAAUUCAAAAUCAACCAUCGGAGUAGAAUUCCAGUCGCAGAAGAUGGAAAUCAAUGGGAAGGAAGUUAAUGCACAGAUAUGGGACACGGCUGGUCAGGAAAUGUUUAGAGCUGUCACCUCUGCAUAUUACAGAGGUGCAGUUGGAGCGCUUCUGGUGUAUGACGUCAGUAGACGCCAGACAUUUGAUAGCAUCGGUAGAUGGCUUAAUGAACUACAAACCCACUCCGACAUGAAUGUAGUGACGAUACUAGUAGGCAAUAAAUCCGAUCUCAAAGAUUCUCGAGAAAUUACAACCACUGAAGGCAAAGAUUUGGCCGAGGCACAUGGUCUAUUCUUCAUCGAAACUUCGGCUCUGGAUUCGUCCAAUGUCUCAGCUGCAUUUCAGACGGUAGUUGGAGAGAUUUAUAAUAUUUUGAGUCGUAAGGUUAUGCAAUCUCAAGAGCUCAAGCAAAAAGAUCCCGGGUGGAUGGGGAAUGGAAAAACAGUUGUUUUACAGGGUGAUGAGAACGAAGAAGCUGAUGGGAAAGCGAAGAAAGCUGGAUGUUGUUCAUCUUAAAUUCCUCUGAUUUUGUUACCCCAUUGAAGCAAUCCUUCAUUUCAUGAACUGCUGAUUCUCUUAAGCCCUUUCACACAUCUUCUUUAAUUGGGUUUGUUUUGUUUUUUGUUUUUUUUUUUUUUUAAACUGUUGAAAAAGUAUUGAAGCAGUAUUUUCUUUAUCCUUGGGCCAUAGGAGAAUCUGUAUUAGAAAUUGUGAAUGACUUGAAGUAGAUAGAAUUGUGGAAUGUUCAGUAUUCA